AUGGAAGCUGGGCCGGCCCGGCCCUUGGCAUGGGGGAUUUCUUCUUGCAUCCAUCCGACACCGCGAGCAGCAAAGCGAAGCGAAGGAACACUCUUUCCCCUCCGUCCGUCCCCUCCUAAAACCCUAGCAGCCCAGGCGGCGGCCUCCCCCCUCCACCACCGCGCCGCCCAAACCCCCAGCCUCUCGCCGUCCGGAAUGGGGCGCGUCGACGGAGAAGACAAGGCCGCGCUCUCCCCCGGCGGAGACGACGCCGCCGAUCUCUCCCCCGACGAUUCGCCGUGGAGCGACAGCGCCUGGUCCGAGGACGAAGACGAUGACGAGGCCUCGCUGUCGUUCGAGGACAGCGGCGAGGGCUCUGACGUCGACUCCGACGGCCUGGAGGAGGAGGAUGACGCCGCGGCGGAAGAGAGCGACUCCUCUGAGGACGAGGUUGCGCCGCGGAACACCAUCGGGGACGUGCCGCUUAAGUGGUACAAGGACGAGGAGCACAUCGGGUACGACAUCUCCGGGAGGAAGAUCAAGAAGCGGGACAGGGAUGGCAAAAUCGACAGCUUCCUCAGCAGCAAAGAUAACGAUGAUGACUGGAGAAAGCUUUGGGAUGACUAUAAUGGCGAGGAGGUGAAGAUUACCAAGGAAGAAGCUAAGAUAAUUAGUAGACUGAUGAAGGGGAAGACUCCACACGCCAAUGUUGAUCCUUAUCCAGAUUAUGUUGACUGGUUUGAAUAUGCUGAUAAAGGCCAUCCACUUUCUAACGCUCCUGAACCAAAGAGGCGAUUUGUUCCCUCAAAGUGGGAGCAAAAGAAGGUUGUUAAACUCGUUAGAGCCAUUCGUAAAGGAUGGAUCAAGUUUGACAAGCCAAAGGAUGAGCCAAACUAUUACCUCUUGUGGGGAGAUGACACUGAUACAGCAGACAAUAAGCGGCAAGGCUUGAGCUACAUCCCUGCACCUAAACCAAAUUUGCCAGGUCAUGAAGAGUCGUAUAAUCCUUCUGUUGAAUAUAUUCCCACACAAGAGGAGAUAGAUAACUACCAGCUUAUGUACGAGGAGGACAGGCCGAAAUUCAUCCCACGGCGAUUUGAAUCUCUUAGAAGUGUACCUGCCUACGAGAAGGCACUUAGGGAAGGAUUUGAUCGGUGCCUAGAUCUUUAUCUAUGUCCUAGAACUCGCAAGAAGCGUAUAAACAUUGAUCCUGAGUCGCUCAAGCCAAAGUUACCCAGUAAGAAGGAUCUGAGGCCAUAUCCACGAACUUGUUACCUUGAGUUCAAGGGCCAUGGUGGUCCAGUGACGUCGCUGUCAGUUGAAGCAACAGGGCAGUGGAUAGCAUCAGGUUCAUCUGAUGGAACAAUUCGUGUUUGGGAGGUUGAAACUGGUCGCUGUCUUAAGGUUUUCAAUGUUGGUGCUGAUGUCCAUCAUAUUUCGUGGAAUCCUUCACCUGAGAGGCCCAUUCUGGCUGCUAUUGUUGGCCGUGAUCUUCUGCUUCUUAACACUGAGGUGGGGGAUGAGGAAACUCAAGUGAGGACAAAGCAGCUCCUCCAUGUCGAGGAACCGACCCCUGAAGAUGAUGGUGAUAAGAAACCAGCUGUGAGGUGGGUGAAGAAUGACAAAUUUGACGGAAUCACAUUGAUUCAUCAUAGGGCUGCAUCAACUGUGGAGUGGCAUUCAAAGGGAGACUAUUUCACGACAGUUGUGCCAACUGGUGAAUCAAGGGCUGUACUGUUGCAUCAGCUCUCCAAGAAGCAUUCUCACCAUCCUUUCCGUAAAUUGCCGGGACUCCCUGUUGCAGCAGUAUUCCAUCCAACUCAAAAGAUGUUCUUUGUUGCCACUAAGAAGUUUGUUCAGGUUUAUGAUCUCCAAAAGGCAGAGGUAGUGAAAAAGCUGGAGUCAGGUCUCCGGGAAAUUUCGUCUAUCUCCAUCCAUCCUGGUGGUGAUAAUGUUAUUGUGGGAAGUAAAGAUGGUAAAAUAUGCUGGUUCGAUACUGAUCUAUCUACGAGGCCAUACAAGAUGUUAAAGAACCACUCGAAGGAUAUAACCAGUGUUACUUUCCACCGGAGAUACCCUCUUUUUGCCUCGUCAUCGGAGGAUUGUACAGCUCAUGUGUUCCAUGGGAUGGUCUAUGCUGAUCUCAACCAGAACCCACUUAUUGUGCCACUGGAGAUUCUUCGUGGCCAUUUGAGUUCAGAUAGAAGAGGAGUUUUGGAUUGCAAAUUCCACCCAAGACAACCGUGGCUGUUCACUGCUGGCGCCGACUCGGUGGUUAGGCUUUACUGUGAUUGA